AUGUUCCGCGACCCCGUCCUGCGGCCUGAGGUUGAUGAUGGCGAGGAGCGCUCGCGACCAGACAGACGGCCGCCAGGGCACCAAGGGGAACCUACGCCAUCAGCUUACCACACAUCGCCGACACAGGCAGGCCUGCCAUACCAACACCGUUCGCCAAACACGCCCACGCCCACGCCCACGCUGCAUCCCCAUCAACACCACCACCGCCCGCCCGCCUCGCCCGCCUCGACCGAGCUGCCGCCCAUCAGCACGGCCCUCUAUCCGCGCGACACGUCCAGAUAUUACGACCCGACGUCCGACAAUGGCGACCGCGGCAUAGCCAGGGACCCGGCGCGUUUCGACUCGCAGUAUCCUGCACAGGCCCAGAGCCCCUACGAAAAGGCCCUCCACUCGCCCGUCGCCACGACCUACGCGCACCACCAUUCGCCCCUGCAGCGCCCCCGUUCGCAGCACCAGCACACGCCCGCCAUGGAGACGAUAUCCCAUUCUCCCGUCUCGCCGUCCGUCUAUCAGUCAAUGAACCGCCCCGGCGGCGCUGUCCAGCCGCCCUCGGGCUACGACAGGCGGUCUUCUUUCAAGGAUGAGGCACCGCCACCCACGCGCGCAGACCCCAUGUCGCUCUCGAGUAUAAUGUCUUCUGGCGCCGACAGCGAGCCUCCGCCAAAGCCCCAGCCGCUUCCCACCCUCACCCCUGACCCGUACCGACCAUCCAAGCCUCUGCACAACCCGCAAUUUGUCAAGCAGGAAGCCGUGGCAUCGCCCGCACCAGCUGACCUGCCUCUGCAAGAGAACGGCUUCACGCCACGGCCAGCAUACGAUGCCGUGCCCCUGGCCGGAAGCGUGCAGCCUUCACUGCAGUCUGCCACUCGCGAACUGCCUGCUCCCGACGAGGCCGAAAUCGAAGCACAGCUGGCACACAUUGAAACUACGCAGAUGGGCGAUCUGGACGGCCCGGUCCCCAUGUACGAAGAGACCGAGUACAAGCAACGCAGCCAAAAACGCGUCCUCGAAGUCGCGGCUACAGAAGCGGCCAAGCGCAAGCGACGGCGAACAGCGACCUUGAUCCGCUUCCAGGACGUCUCUGCUGCACACCGCGACUAUGCCAAGCACUCCUACAACGUCGAGCACGAGGGCGAUGCAUGGCAGCAGGUACAGAGCCAAGAGAUUGCCGAAGAAAAGGAGCGCAAAAAGGACAUGCAGCGCAAGCGGAGACGAGAAAAGACGAUUCAGAACGAAGAGGCCAAGCGUGCCGAAGCUCUGGCAAAGGCUGGCCAGGCCGAGAACGAGGAGGAGAAGGAGCGGCACCUGCUCGCUGCCCAGAAAGCUGAGCGCAAGGCCAAGACCACCACACAGCUUCUGCAAGGCAACGCCCCCAGUAAAGACAUUCGCGAAGUCACCCCGCAUGGCCCCAACAUGGAGGGAGGUACCAUGAGUUCGUUCCAAGCCUCGGACGAUGCUCCGGGCGGGAAGCGCAAGGGCAACCGUGGCACUGGCCGUCUUAAGAAGAGCAAGGAGCAAAAGCAGGCAGAGAAGGAUGCUGCAGCUGCCGGCCAGGCGGCUCUCGACCGUGGUGAUGACCUUCCUCUGAUUGCUCCGCGCGAGGAAGCCCGUCUUGACUCGAUACGAGGUCGCAGCCACACAGAAGACAUUGGCCCCGUUGUGCUGACUUCCUACGACUCGUCGGCGUACCGCAAUCUCUACCACCAGAUUGUCAAGGACCUGGCCCGAAAAGAUGUGCCCAAGGUCGUCCGCAUCAAGGAGAACUCGUUGUCCACAAAACAGUCGAAUCUUCGCAAGACUGCCCAGCUGGCUGCCAAAGAAGCACGCCGGUGGCAGAUGCGCACCAACAAGAACCAAAAGGAUACACAGGCUAGGGCGAAGCGAGGCAUGCGUGAGAUGCUCGCAUUCUGGAAGAGGAAUGAGCGUGACGAGCGCGAAUCGCGAAAGAAUGCUGAGCGUCAAGAGUUGGAGAAUGCAAAGAAGGCCGAAGCCGACCGUGAAGCCAACCGACAAAAGAGGAAGCUCAACUUUCUCAUCUCGCAGACAGAACUCUACUCGCAUUUCAUCGGCAAGAAGGCCAGGACAGAUGAGAUUGAGCGGUCCACAGAUGACGCCGAUGCCGCCGCCGCCGCCGCUCCGCAGCAAGCACCCAAGCCCGGGAUCGAGGUCGCCGACAUGCCAACAGGAACAGGCGCCAAAGUCACCAACUUUGAGGACCUCGAUUUCGACAAUGAAGACGAGAGCGCACUCAACGCAGCUGCUAUGGCGAAUGCUCAACACGCUAUCCAGGAAGCUCAAGAUCGCGCCCGUGCGUUUAACAAGUCUGGCGAUGACGAGGACGACGGCGAACUGAACUUCCAGAACCCGUCUGGCCUACAAAACAAGGAAGACUGGAUUCCACAGCCAAGUCUGCUCAGCUGCACGCUCAAGGAAUACCAAUUGAAGGGUCUGAACUGGCUGGUCAACCUGUACGAGCAAGGUAUCAACGGUAUUCUGGCCGACGAAAUGGGUCUCGGAAAGACGGUGCAGUCGAUAUCUGUCAUGGCCUACCUUGCCGAGCGGUACAACAUCUGGGGGCCUUUCCUGGUCAUUGCUCCUGCAUCAACACUGCACAACUGGCAGCAAGAAAUCGCAAAGUUUGUGCCGCAUCUCAAUGUGAUUCCCUACUGGGGCACGGCCAAGGACCGCAAGAUUCUGCGCAAGCUCUGGGACCGGAAGCACGUUACGUAUACGCGCGACUCGCCCUUCCACGUUGUGGUGUCGUCGUAUCAAUUGGUUGUGCAGGAUGCGCAGUAUUUCCAGAAGAUGCGCUGGCAGUACAUGAUUCUCGACGAGGCGCAGGCCAUCAAGUCGUCGCAGAGUUCGCGAUGGAAGAGCUUGCUCGGAUUCCACUCGCGUAACCGGCUGCUGCUGACGGGUACGCCUAUUCAGAACAACAUGCAGGAACUUUGGGCGCUUCUUCACUUCAUCAUGCCUAGCUUGUUCGAUUCUCACGACGAGUUUAGCGAGUGGUUCUCCAAGGAUAUCGAGAGUCACGCGCAGAGCAACACCAAGCUCAACGAAGACCAGCUGAGGCGUCUGCACAUGAUUCUGAAGCCCUUCAUGUUGCGGCGUGUCAAGAAGCAUGUGCAAAAGGAGCUUGGAGACAAGAUUGAGCUAGAUGUCUACUGCGACCUGACGUAUCGCCAGCGCGCCUACUAUGCCAAUCUCCGGGCCAAGAUCAACAUUAUGGACUUGGUGGAAAAGGCGGUUGGAGACGAGCAAGACAGCGCCACGCUGAUGAACCUGGUUAUGCAGUUCAGGAAAGUGUGCAAUCACCCCGACUUGUUUGAGCGGGCCGAGACAUGGUCGCCGUUUUCGUUUGCGUCUUUCGCCGAGACGGCGUCUUUCCUGCGAGAAGGUCAGAAUGUCCGAGUCGGCUACUCGACGCGCAAUUUGAUCGAGUAUCGUCUGCCACGCCUGGUGGGCCGCGAAGGAGGGCGCCUGGACCUUGCGGGGCCAGACAACCAUAAGGCUGGCUUCAAGGGACACUAUCUCGACAACCUCAUGAACAUUUGGAGUCCAGACAACAUGGAGGCGUCUGCGCGAGAGGCCGGUGGCUUUUCGUGGCUUCGCUUCUCCGACUUGUCGGCCAGCGAAGCGUCCAAGAUUGCCAGGAGUGGAUUGUUCCAGCGAGCAUUGGCUGCGGGGCAGAAGCCGAACAAGGCUGGCCGUUUCAACAUCUGCUACAAUGGCGAUGCUGGCGAAUGGGAACCGAAGCACUCGAUAUUCAACAUUGUCGACCGGCAUGAUGGUGCACAGUUGGCUGCGAUGACUAGCGAGGGUUACAUGCACAACCUCUUCAACGUUGCGCAAAGCGCAUUCGAACAGACUGGUCUGAAUGUGGUUGAGCCAUGUGCCAAGCCCAAGGCAUCGGCGCCUCCCAUUGAGCUAUACUGCGCCAGUCAGGGUGUGAUUGCGGAGAAGCAGAACAUCUUGUUCAACCCAGUGAUGCGCGGUGCGUUGUACGGCAUCUCGCAUGUGACGGAACAAGCCAUGCUAGAGAGCAAGUCGGAGAGGGCUGCUUUGACGGUUCACAGCAAACUUCCACGGCCGACCAACGAGCGCACGCGCUUCACGCACAUUGAGGCGCCGUCCAUGUCGCGCUUCGUGACCGACUCUGGCAAGCUAGCUCGACUGGACGCACUGCUCAAGGAACUCAAGGCCAAUGACCACCGGGUGCUGCUCUACUUCCAGAUGACGAGGAUGAUGGACCUGAUGGAGGAGUACCUGACGUACAGGAACUACCGGUACUGCCGGCUGGACGGAUCGACCAAGCUGGAAGACCGUCGUGACACGGUGGCCGACUUCCAGAGCGACCGGUCCAUCUUUGUGUUCCUGCUGUCGACUCGGGCGGGUGGUCUGGGUAUUAAUCUAACGUCGGCUGACACGGUGAUUUUUUACGACUCGGAUUGGAACCCGACGAUUGACUCGCAGGCCAUGGAUCGUGCUCACCGUCUCGGUCAGACGCGGCAAGUGACUGUGUAUCGUCUGAUUACGCGUGGGACGAUUGAAGAGCGGAUCCGGAAGCGGGCGCUGCAAAAGGAAGAGGUGCAGCGCGUCGUCAUCUCUGGAGGUGGGGGUGCCGGCGUCGACUUCAACACGCGCUCGCGGGAGAACCGGACCAAGGACAUGGCCAUGUGGCUCGUGGACGACGAUCAGGCAGCCGAGAUUGAGAAGAAGGAGGCGGAGCUGGCGGAGCAAGAAAAGAAUGCACCGGCAGGCAAGAAGCGCGGCAAGAAGAAGCAGCGAGCAGAAGCCAACCUCGACGACAUGUACCACGAAGGCGAAGGGCACUUUGACGAGAGCGCCAAGGCAAGCGGAGCAGCGACGCCCGUUGCAGGGAGCGAAACACCUGUAGGCGGCAAGCUGGAGAAACGCCCCUCGAUCGAGGGCCUCGUCGACAAUGUAGACCCGCGCGAGUCGCACGAGCUCGAGGAACUGCCUACCUUUGAGAAGCCGGCCCCCGAGCCGGCCCUGUCGCUCAAGGACAAGCUCAUCACCUGCUUCUGGAUUGGGCUCAACACGCUGUCAACACUGGGAUUGAUCUUCCUGAGUAAACGAGUGUUUAGCGACAAGCAGCUCAAGGCAUGCCAGCUCAUGGUCGUCAUGUGGCAUUUCACCGCCACCGGUCUCGUUCUCUUCAUCUCGACGCUGCGGCCCUUCCACGCCUUCAAGGCCGUCAAACUCAACAUCUGGCAGAUGCUGCCCGUCUGCGGCUUCUUCGCCGGCUAUGUGGUUCUUGGCAACCUUAGUCUGACCUUUAACUCGAUUGGCUUUUACCAGCUUUCCAAGGUCAUGACCACCCCGACCGUCGUCCUCAUCAACUUUGUUCUCUUCCGAAAGUAUGUGACGCGAUACAUGCUGGCUGCCAUUCUUGCGACAUGUGUGGGCGUCUCCUUUACCAUUAACGAGGCAGCCAAGACCCAGCUCUUUGGUAUCAUCAUCGCCACCCUGGCCUUCUGCAGCACCGCCCUGUAUCAGAUCUGGAUCGGCAAGAAGAUUGAGGACUUUGCUGUUUCUCCACCCCAGCUUCUGCUCAACCAGGCCCCCAUUUCGGUCUGCUUACUCAUUCCUUUUGUUCCAUUCUUCGACACCAUCCCCGAUCUUUCCGCCGUCCCUACCGAUAUCCUCUGGAGUGUCUGCGCAUCCGGCAUCAUGGCCUCCAUGUACAACCUGAGUCAGUUUUUGAUCAUUGGCCGGACAAGUGCUUUGACUUUCAACAUUGUCAGCCAUCUCAAGACCAUUCUCAUCCUGAGUAUAGGAUGGUACAGCGAGGGCAAGAUCCUUAGUGGAAGAGAAUGGUUCGGUGUGCUGCUUGCUUUGGGUGGUGGAUGGGUAUACUCGCACCUUGCGCUCAAGGCAAAGAAGCAGGGUAGCAAGUAA